AUGUCCACCCAAAAAGCACCAGAAAACUCUCUCUCCGUCCAGCGCGGAAACUACACCUCUUCUCUUCCAGGGCCCCUCCUCUUUGUCGCCUUCCGCACUCUAACCGUCCCAAUCCAAUACCUAAUCCUCACUCGUUCUACCACUCUCCUCCCUCUGAAAUCAUUAACUCUCUCCCAAACCCUCCUACUAGCUAUGCCGUCAUACAUAGCUUUCAAACACAUAACCUGGUCUCUCCUCCUCAUGCGCGAACGCAUGACUCUCCCAUUCGCCUUCUUCGGCGGUAUCUCAGACCUCGCAUUCGAAUGUCUAACAUCAUACAUUUACACCCUUCAUCCAAUCAAUCCAACAUACUCUCCAUCCCUCCUGAUCCCAGGUACAAUACUCAAUAUCAUUGGAAUAUCAACGGAAUUGAUUUCAGAGAUCCAAAGACACAAAUUUAAAUCCGAUCCGAGGAAUAAGGGGAAGAUUUAUACUGGUGGUCUUUGGGGAAUUGUUAGAAAUGUGAAUUAUGCUUGUAAUAUUUUGUUUGCGUUUGGAUAUGCCAGUGCUGCUGGUGGAGUAGUUUAUGGGGUUAUGUAUUCGGGGAUUUACGUGAUGAAUUUUAUGGGAAAUGCCAUUCCGGGGAUUGAAGCGUAUAUGAAAGGGAAGUAUGGAAGCCAGUGGGAGGCGGUGGAGAAGAAGGUCAAGUGGAGGCUAUGUCCUGGGAUUUACUAG